AUAGAGCUACCACCUAAAACCCUUAAGAAACUCCCUCUCCGCCAUACACAUGUCGGUCGCCAUCUCCCUAUCUCACCAAACCUCGUCUUCCACCAUGAUGAUCUCUUACAUCCACUAUCCUCUAACCCUCCUAACAUUAGCCACCUUACCGAUAGCCUUCCAUUCACUAAUAUCCCUCUAAAGGCUAAGUACCUCACGGAUCUCUCUACUACUAUUAUCAACAACGGUGACUAG